UUUUCCUGUAAAGCUAAACGUACGUGAAGACAGGGAAAGAUAAAGAAGGAAACAACGCAUCUUUCUCUGCCUCACUCGAUCACUCCAGCGAAGUUCCAGAGAGAGAGAGAGAAAAAUCGCUACUUGCAAUGAAACUGCUUUUUUACGAUCUGGGUUGGUAGCUGGUGCUCACUGUUACUUCAACCCAAGAAGCCUAAACUCAGUUGUUCUUGUGCUGGAGCUUUUGGUGAUAAAGGUACUUCCAGACCAGGGACUUCGCACGAUUAAUAAUGUUGCAUAUUUGUGGCCUUCUGCAUGCCAUGUCACUUCUAGCUCCUUACACUAACUUACAGCGAGGCCUUAGAUUUUCCUAAGCUCGUAUGUUAACUAAGGUCCAUUCAAAAGUAUUUCUCUGAAGUAGAAGUGUGUGCAUGUCAACUUUGUAUGGAUUCCGGUGUCUUUCUUUUGUUCCAUAAAAGCGUGCAAUGGGGAGCUUGACAUUGCAGGCUGGAGUCAAAUUAUAAACUAACAUGGUUUUAUAUAAUGAUCCCGGAAACAAGGAACAUAUUUUGAAUACACCACCUCAACUUUUGUGAUGGGUAAGGAAAUUUUAUCACCAGCAGACGCUGUUGAAAUUACUAAGGAAGGCUGCUCACCCGUUGAUGGCGAUACAGGCAGUCAAGCACGUUACAGUUUUGACAAAGAGGCAGGUUUAGCAACUUGUCGUGUGUGCCAAUGUUCUGAAUCUGACAAAAUAGGAGAUGCAGCAUUAGGCUUUUUGGGCAUCGCUCCCCCAAUACAAGAAGCAAGUAGAAGCAAUGGGAAAGUAAAGUCUGAAAGCAAAGAAGUUCUAAAAGAUGCUGAAUGUGCUGACUCCAUGAUGAAAAAUGUUGGAAGACAUUCUGGAUUUAUGGAGUUCAUAAGUCCAGAAGGGGAGGUUUUUGUAUGUCGUACUGAUAUAGAAAUGGGUCCAUGUCACCAGCAAGACACAUUAGCUGAACUUGGUUGUGCUUGUAAAAAUGAUCUUGCUUUGGUUCACUAUGCUUGUGCCCUGAAAUGGUUUAUAAAUCAUGGAUCCACUGUUUGCGAAAUUUGUGGCUGUGUUGCUAAAAAUAUCAGGACUGCUGACUUCAAAAAGGUAGUGGUUUCUCUGAAAGAUUAUGAAACACUAAGGGAAAGGACUGCCAGUGGGCAUCCAAAUCCUGUGCAGGUGAAUGUAAGCUCAGGUGUAGACCCUGAUGCCAUUGCUGCUAUUCGGAGGCAACGACUCAGUGAGAUUGCAUUGUGGUUUAAUCCACACACUAGUAAUAUUCAUAACAAUAAUAUUCCUGCUGCAGUUUCAGAGGUUGUUUCUGAACAAUCUAUGAAUCAGCCCAUAACUGAAGGUUCUGUUCCUACUGAAAACCCUACGACCAAAUGGGCUGUGGAAUGUACAGGGAUCUUGCUUGCUACAGGACUGCUCACCGUUACUCUUGCAUGGCUCAUAGCUCCUCGUGUUGGUAAGAAAACUGCAAAAAGCGGUCUUCAUAUUCUCCUCGGAGGUGUUUGCGCUUUAACAGUUGUGAUAUUCUUUCGCUUUAUUGUGCUUACCAGAAUCAAAUAUGGGCCAGCACGCUACUGGGCAAUCUUGUUUGUCUUCUGGUUUCUUGUGUUUGGUAUAUGGGCGUCGCGAACACAUGGUGCUCAUACAACAUGAUUUCUGGAUAUGUUAUUGUUGCACAUUAUUUCAAUAUAUUCUUUUUGGUUCAGCCAAAUAGUUGAACUUAAAAAGUGAGGCAUAUGUAAAGGCGAUGCCAUUCAGGGGGUAUGUUUUAAUCACAUACUUUUUACUGGGUUAGCAUGGUAUUAAGGAUGAAUGUUAUCAAAGUGUGACCUGAUUAUUGUUUUCUUUUGCUUUGUUACUAUGUUGUUAUGUUGACAAUUCUAAUAAGGGAUUUAGUUACAAGAUUGCAGUGCUUGAACAAUCUGUCAAGAAAUUCUC